AUGGCAUACGCCGACGCCAGAUUCGGCUACCAUCAGCCCCAGUCCGAUUCCGUCUCCGCAUCCGCCCUAGACAACAACAAACGAAUCAACGCUUUUCUCGACGACGACUCUGUGGUGCUCGAUCCCUCGGUGCUGGACUCUGACAUCAUGCAAAGUCCCUCUUCCGCCAACCCGUUCCGCAAGGACUCUCUCGCCAACAGCAAUGGUGUGCUAUCACCCGCCGACUCGCAAGCGGCAUGGGACCAUCCGUAUGGUACUGGCAUGUCUGCUGAACCUACCUCAGCAGGUGUUCCCCUUCCUUAUCAUGAAGACGGAUCUGCCUACCUACAGCAACCGAAUCCCAUCGCGGUAUCGUAUGCUCAUCAGCAUCCACCACCUGCAUCGUGGGCAUUCGAACACGGUUCCGAGCACUGCGUGAGCAAUGGUGCAACAGACUUCAUGCCGCCGCCGCCUCAAUUCGAGGUCCCUCGAUACAGCCGUCACCGGACAGAUAGCGUUCACGCCGGUUACAGUCAGCACCAACCGUCAAUGCCCGCACACUUUAUCGCGGCCCCUCAAGUUCAGACUCCCAUGUCACCGCAUAGUCAUCAGGACUGGAUGGGUAUGGCCGAGCGUGAGAUGGAGAAUCGACCUUCGCACAAACGCAUGCGGCCAGGCAGUCCUGCUCGUACGAUGAUCGACUUCCAACGACGCGAUGGGAUCCGGAAGAAGAACGGGCGCAUCGACAUUCCUCAGGAGAGGAGCAUCGCGAACAUUGAUGAGCUUAUUGAGAAAGAAACAGACGAGGAUCAGCUGAAGGAAUUGAAGCAACAGAAACGCCUGCUGAGGAAUCGUGAGGCUGCACUAGCAUCCCGACAGCGGAAGAAGAAGCACACGGAAGACUUGGAGGUCAAGGAGAAAAGCUACACUCAGCAGAUUUCUUCUCUUCGAGCGCAAGUGGACGAGCUCACCCGUGAGCGCGAGCACCGGGCACGAGACCAGCAAGCUACGCAUCAGAGACUGCAGGAGGCUUUGCGGGCUAUCGAUACGAUGCAGGAUGAACGACGAGAGCUCAUCAAGAUGCACAACGAGGAUACCUCCAGUCUGAGACGAAAGGUGGAACUUUUGUCCGAGCAGCUUCAAGCCGGACCUGCUCCAGCAAUGCAAGCACAGCUCAGUAGCACACUUUCCGACUUCAAUCUUGAGAUGGAAGGUCUGCACAUGGGAGUGGGCGAUCAGUACGACUGGACAGAGUGCUUUCAAGCACCGGACGAAUUCUGGCUCGACAAAUCGGAACCGAUCAAGCAAACACCUGCGCUUGAGAAGAAGCUCUCACCCGCCGCCAACAAUCAAGUCUCGGCAAAGCAAACAACAGAAGGCAAGAGCGACCCACCGAUUGCCUCGGGUCUGUUGUUCAUGCUAUUACUCUGCGGUGCUUUUGUCGCAUCCAAGCCCUCCAAUUCACAGGCUUCCGAUCUGCCCAACAUGCCAGCAGAUGUUCGCGCUGCCGCACCUGCUGUCCUCAGCACAUUGCUUUCUGAGUCCAAUGCGCUGUCCGAGCAGACCCACAGCCAGACAAUGGCCAGCUUGAGCCAGGAACCACUACCUUCUGGAAUUCCUCAACCCAACAACGGUGGCCGCAACAGGAUGGAUCGUGUUCACCGCAGAAUCACUGCGCCAACGAAGCAGCAGGAGCUGGACCAAGCUUUCUCCCUAACGACAAGCCAGUAUGCCUCGAUGACCAACGCCGACUUCCAAAUCUACGAUCAGCAAUCAACAGCCGGACAAGAUGGUGCUGCGCCACCAUCGCGACGCAACCUCGCGGAAGCUCUCGCCAGCAUGGAGGCAGAGCACGCUCGGAACAGCAAGUCGGAAGUGUACACUCGCAGCUUACUGUGGGAUCAAAUUCCCGCCGACGUCGUCCGGCAAUUCAAACAAAUCGUACACGACCACAACGAAAUCGAAGUCCGCCAACGACAGCAGCAUCGACCAAGUCACGACUUCACGUACAAAAGCGAACCAUGA